AUGAGCGCGAUCCUGUCGGCGGACGAUCUGAACGAUUUCAUUUCGCCCGGGGUCGCGUGUAUAAAGCCAGUGGAAACCCUUCCACAAAAGAGCACAAAGGAGGAGAAUCCUUACGAAGUUACCACCGAAGACAAAAUCGAGCCCGAGAACCUUCCACCGGCCCAAAUUUCUUUGACCGACUGUCUUGCUUGCUCGGGAUGCGUCACAUCAGCAGAAGCAGUCUUGAUAUCACUGCAGUCACAUACUGAGGUUCUAAAUACCCUCGACGCCUACCCCGAGAUCCCCUUGGGACAAAAAAAUGAGGCGACAGUUUCUAGCAAUGCUGAGACACCCGAACAGGGCAGAGUCUUCGUUGCUAGCGUGAGCCCACAGGUACGAGCCAGCUUGGCAGCUACCUAUGGCAUCUCCGAGAGGGAGGCUGGUUAUAUGAUUGACCAGUUCCUACGCGGGCCGCAGGGACUGCGCAGUGGCGGCAAACACGGCAGUGGAUUUUCCUGGGUUGUCGACACGAACAGCAUGCGGGAGGCAGUCUUGGUGCUCACUGCUGACGAGGUUUUGGAAUCCAUCAAUUCCCCAGAAUCUCUAGCCGGUGGUCAAGAAUUUUCUCUUCCCAAGCGGCCAAUUUUAUCCUCUGCAUGCCCGGGCUGGAUCUGCUACGCCGAAAAAACGCAUCCAUUUGUACUGCCUCAUUUGUCUAGACUCAAGUCUCCACAAGCUCUGUCGGGAACCUUUCUCAAGACGGUCUUGAGCAAAUCUCUCGGCAUCCCAGCUUCUCAAAUUUGGCACCUGGCAGUCAUGCCAUGCUUCGAUAAAAAGUUGGAGGCUAGUCGAGAGGAGCUCACCGAUAUAUCAUGGCAAACAGGCGAAGAUUCACUUGCAACUUCUCAGCCUGUUCGCGACGUUGACUGUGUUAUCACCACCCGAGAGAUCCUUUCAUUGGCUUCUUCUCGGGGCCUCUUUUUGCCGAACAUGCCUCUUCGACCGAUCACAGGGUCUCUCAAUAUACCAUUCCCAGAGAGUACUCUUGAACCUUUCAUCUCUUCUAGAUAUUCAGCAACCGAGCAGUCGCUAGAAACUUCUACUUCCGGGGGCUACCUUCACUACGUCCUGAGUACAUUUCAGGCCCGGAACCCGGGCAGCGAGCUCGUCACAAAUCGUGGGCGUAAUGCGGAUGUUGUUGAGUACGUGCUCAAUUCUCAAGACGGGCAAACCAUUAUGAAGGCAGCUCGUUACUACGGCUUUCGAAACAUUCAGAACCUGGUGCGAAAGUUGAAACCAGCGCGAGUAUCCAGGCUUCCUGGGGCAAAGCCUUUGCCUGCAAGCCGUCGUCAGCCAAUCUCUCGCAACGCUGCUGCUGGAAACUCCGGCUCGGAAUAUUCCUAUGUGGAAGUGAUGGCCUGUCCAGGCGGUUGUACCAAUGGCGGAGGGCAAAUCCGAGUGGAAGAUGCUCGUGAGAUUACAAAUCCGCUACAAAGCACAGAAAACUCGGUGGAUGCUGAAGCAGCUAUGAAGCCUACGCCUCAUGAACAGCGUGCUUGGCUCGCUCGUGUGGACGAAGCGUAUUUCUCGAUGGAAUCCGAUUCCGAGAUUGAACCAGAAAUCAUCAAGAACCCUUUUUCAAUUGCAGAGAAGGAACGGGGAAUCCAUGAAGGAUUAGAAAAUUGGUCGCAAUUCAUGGGAAUUCCUUUGUCGAAGCUUGUUUAUACCACCUAUCGCAAAGUGGAAAGCGAUGUUGGAAAAGAACAAAAUGCAUCCAAUGACACCAGUCGAGUGGUUGAACUCGCUGGGAAGAUUGGCGGUGGGUGGUAA